CUGCUACAACGGAUCCUUUCCACAUCGACGCUGCUGUUAACGUCACGCCUGUAAGCUGCACUUGCCCAGCGCUUGCCUCCUCUGCCUUGCUCCUUUCCCCAGUUGGACGCUGCAUUAGCGAGGGGGUGCUGAUCACCGCAAGAAGAGAAGGAGGAAAAAAGAGAGCGAGAGAAAAAAGCUGGAAACAAGAAGAAACAAGCCAGAGAGGGGAAGGAGAAACUGUGCACCAUCCUUCCUCCUUUAAAACCACCUCGAUUAAAACCACCAACAACACCCCCCAACUCCUCCCAGCACCCCCUUCCAUCCCCCCUCCUUGCUCUCCCUCUGAAGAAAUUGACGGAUUAUUGGGAAGCGCACGGGAGGCAGGCGGCAGCUGCUGCUGUGUGCACGCUACUGCUGCCGUGCGCCUUGCAGGGAUGGUGCGUGUUGGUCUGCAGUUGCUGCUGUCGCAACCGUGGCUGCUGAGGCUGGAGCGUGUGGCUAGUUAAGAGGACUGAGAAGCUAAUGAAGGCAGUGUGCGCCGCCUAGCCUUUUCAAUCCUUGCCAAGCGCUCCCGGAGGAAACAAAGAAGAAAAAAAAAAGAAUCUGAAAAAUCUAGUGGACACGACGCCACUAUUUAGAAGUGGAGGAAGGAAAAGAAGUGCAGGAGGGCUGUCAAGACUGACCGACCAACCGAUUGACUACUAAAAAGUGAACAGUGGAAUACUAAAGGGGGUGGGAGUCGUUUUUUUCUUUGGCUUGUCAACCUUUCCUAAUAACCACUGCAAACAAAAGGAAACGAACAUUGGAAAGGACUGUGGAAUUUUCAUUCAGUCUUCUCCAAUCCUACCCCCACCUACCACCCUCCUUAUUUUUUUUACUUCUAUCUUUGGUUAUUGGUGCACAAGAAAAAAUUAAAAAUCGUGCAUGUGUGUUUCUGUGGUCACCUGUACUAUGGAGACCUGGGUAAGGUGUCUAGCAGGAGGAUCAACUGUCGGAUUCCAAGGACAAGCAGGAGAAGAGGAGCCGACAGCAAGAAGCAAGCAAGGGAGCACUGCUGCUUUGGGAGCCUGACUGGAUUCCUUUCUACAGUCUUUUUUCCCUUUUUUUCCCUCUCAGCAUUACGGAAAGGGAGAAAAAAAAAACUCACAAAAGGCCUUCGAACCUUUCGUCUUGGAUGUAUGGAUUUACAAAAGGGCUCAUCUUGGUUAAGCUCUUUGGCAUUGAUACCUAUUUUGACAGGGCAAAUAUAAAAAGGUUUUCUUUGCUACUCUUGGAUAUAAAUACAUCUGAUGCGAAAACCACAGCUCAUGUGUGAUUGCAAAAAGGAGGGAAGCUUUUUAUCUCAGUUCAAGGACCUGUAAUAAUAACUUGAGGUAGGUGUCUAGUGUUUCAACCCCUCUUUGCAUUAAUUUGUAACACCCUACUCUUCCCUGUCUUGUAAUACUAUUUUUUGGUUGCUUAAUUUCCCAUCAUGUCCCUCUCAUACACAUGUUUCAGAAAAGCCAGCCCUCUCCACCCUCUCCUGUCCUUUUGACCAUGACACUUCAUGGAAAUAUAAGCACCAUUUAAGAAAGGAUAGGUCAAGCCCUCUUGCCCCACAGCAAGCACCCAAACCCGCUCCCCUCCUUUGUCCUAUCCAGUUCCCUUAUCCUCUUUGCUCUGGUCUUCUUAUCAGUACUACCGGCCAUCCAGCUACUUUCCCUGCCCCUAAAUCCUCCAAACACCUGUCCCAAACAUCCCCAUCCUCCCCCCAGAUGAUGCUGAAUUAUGAACGUGCCACAUCAUGAGUCUCCUGGGGCGGGUAGCUGUGCAUCGUGCCAGGAAAGCCGCCCUGCUCUGUUUAGUCUUCCUGAUGGCGCGAGCGUGGAGCAACGCCUCUCCGGCCUUGGCGGGGGCGGCAGUGUCUCAAGGACCCCAGGGCUGUCCACCACAGUGUUCCUGCAGUAAUCAGCAGGGGAAAGUGGUGUGCACCCGACGGGGCCUGACCCGUGUGCCCCCUGGGAUUCCUGCCAAUACGCGGCACCUCAAUCUAAUGGAAAACGCCAUUGAGGCGGUGCAGGCUGACUCGUUCCGCCAUCUGCACCACCUUGAGGUGCUCCAGCUUGGGCGAAAUGCCAUACGGCAGAUUGAGGUGGGCGCGUUUAAUGGACUGACCAGCCUCAACACACUGGAGCUGUUUGACAACCGGUUGACAGUGGUGCCCAGUGGGGCCUUUGAGUACCUGUCUAAACUAAGAGAACUGUGGUUGAGGAACAACCCCAUUGAGAGUAUUCCCUCCUAUGCCUUCAACCGGGUGCCCUCACUCAUGCGACUGGACCUGGGAGAAUUAAGGAAACUGGAGUACAUCUCAGAAGGAGCUUUUGAGGGCCUACAAAACCUGAAGUACCUCAACCUUGGAAUGUGCAACAUAAGGGGUGAUAUGCCAAACCUGAGUCCCCUGAAGGGCCUGGAGGAGCUUGAGAUCUCAGAAAAUUUAUUCCCAGUAAUAAAGCCAGGCUCAUUCAAAGGUCUACGCUCGCUCAAAAAGCUAUGGGUGAUGAACUCACAAAUUACACUCAUAGAACGCAAUGCUUUUGAUGAUCUAUCGUCACUGGUGGAGCUCAACCUUGCCCAUAACAAUCUGAGUGCUGUGCCACAUGAUCUGUUCUCCCCACUCAAGUACCUGGUGGAGCUCCACCUUCAUCACAACCCUUGGGACUGUGGCUGUGAGUCUGUUUGGUUAGCACGCUGGCUAAGAGAAUACAUCCCUACCAACUCUACUUGCUGUGGACGUUGUCACUCACCUGCCACCAUGAGAGGACGACAGUUAGUUGAGGUGGAUCAAGGUGAGGGAGCUGCAGUCCAGUGCUCUGCACCGUUCAUUGCUGAUGCACCACGGGACUUAAACAUCUCAGCAGGGAGAGUGGCUGAACUUCGUUGUCGUACAGCGCCAAUGUCAUCAGUGCGCUGGCUUCUGCCUAAUGGGACUAUUCUGACACAUGCCUCUGGUCAUCCCAGAAUAUCAGUCCUCAAUGAUGGCACCCUUAAUUUCUCAAACGUCCUGGCAACAGAUACAGGCACGUACACUUGCAUGGUGUCCAAUGCAGCUGGGAACUCUAAUGCCUCAGCUUACCUCAAUGUGAGUGCAGCUGAACUCAACACAUCAAACUUGAGUUAUUUCACCACAGUGACAGUGGAGGUCUUGGGUCCAACUACUGAGAUGCCCAAACCUAAGACCACCACAACCACAGCUGCAGGUGCUGGGGUGGCUGGAGGAGGGGGAGUAGGCAUAGGGACAACAACUACAACUGCCUCUCCUUCCGUCUUUCAGCCAGUCUUCAUCUCAACACCAACUGUGCUGCUGCAAAACACUGACAGUCCACCAAGUGCAGCUAAGCCAUCUGUGGUGCCAGGACUCCGAGGUGCCACUGGGAAGCCAGGCAAGUCUGGCCCUAGCCUAGAUGAAGUAAUGAAGACCACCAAGAUUAUAAUAGGCUGUUUUGUGGCAGUGACGCUGCUGGCUGCAGUCAUGCUAAUAGCCUUCUACAAGUUGAGAAAGCGCCACCAACAGAGAAGUACAGUGGCAGCUGCCCGUACCGUAGAAAUUAUCCAGGUAGAUGAAGAGGAUCUUCCACCUCCAGCAUCUGCAGCCCAAGAGUCAACUCUCACAUUGCCUGAAAUCCGGGACCAUAAUAGCAUACACAAACUGGACUUUAUCAGCCACAAGACAGACUACAGCUUUCAUAAACCCAAGGCUGAAUACAAACCCCAGCCCGAUUUCACCCUACACAAGCCCAAGGCUGAAUAUACUACAUACAAGCCAAAUAUGGACUUCAGCAGCCACAAAUCCAUGGCAGACUACAGCACACACAAAUCGACACCAGAUUUUAGCCUUUACAGAGCAAAGCCCGACUGCAGCCCAUUUAGACCGGACUAUAACACUCACAAACCUAAAUCAGAAUACAGUCCUUUUAAACCAGACUUUGGCACUCACCCGAAGGUUAAAACAGACUACAGCCCUUUCAAACCGGAUUACAGCACUCAUCCAAGGCAAAGAACCGACUUCAGCCCCUUUAAACGAGACUACAACACCCAACCAAAACCGAAACAUGACUACAGUCCAUUGAAGUCUGACUACAACCCACAACACAAACCUAAAGCUGAAUACAGUCCACUCAAGCCUGAAUUUGGCACUCAUCCAAGACCUAAACCCGAUUAUAGCCCAUUCAAGCCUGGCUUCAGCACUCAGCCUAAACCCAAAAUGGACUACAACUCCCAGAGACCUAGAAUGGAUAUUACCUACAAAACCAAGGACCAUUACACCCCCCAUAAGACUGCACCUGAUUACAGCGCCUUCAAGACAGAUUUCAGCCCCCACAAAGUGGAUUACAGCGCCUUUAAGUCUGAUUUUAGUCCACACACUCAGAGACCUACACUUGACUACAGUCCUCAUAAAAUGGACUACAGCCCCCAUAAAGUGGACUACAGUACUCUAAAGCCUAAAUACAACACAUAUAAACCAACCGGACAUGGAGCUAAAUGGACAGACAACAAUGUUGGGAACUCUUUGCCUCGAACCCUCCCCAGCGCCAUCACAGCAAUGGCUGAGCCCUUUGUCAUAAAAACUCACACCAAGGAGAAGGUACAAGAGACUCAGAUUUAAAACAACCCUCCCCCUUAAGGCUCUCACUUGUUUCCCCAUGCUCCCAACUCCCACACAGCCCUGGUCCACUCCCCUUUCGUUCUUCAUUAAAAUCAUGCAAUAGAAUGCACAACAAAAAGGAAAAAAAAAGAAAAAGAGGACAGAAACUACUUUUUUUGUACAGAGUGCAAACUUUAAAAGACUGAUGAUUUAUUGUUGUACAUGCUUAUAAAUAAAUAUAUAUAUAUAUGGACAUAUUGAAACUACCAUGGGUUGGUGAUAGAGAAACAUAUAUUAAAAAGAAAUUGAAACUAUUUUCUAACUUGUAAAUUCUAUUUAAAACAAUGAGUUGUUUAGGAUGCUGUCUUGACUUUGACAAAUGAGGGUAGUCUUGUUUUAAAAAGGGGCAUUCUGUGUGAUUUUUACGCCGUGCUACAGAGAAUGCAGCGAUGAGAAAAAAAUAUUUAUACAGAGCAGACUUUCUUUAACAAAAAAAAGACAAAAAAAAAAAAAAAAAAAACCUGAAAAAAGGUCGGUGUUGAUCUUUGCAGGUUUAUCUUGUAAAAGCACCAAGAAUUUGUACUGUGCCAAAUGUUAUAAAUGCAAUAAAAAGGAUUUUUGGAAGAAAAAAAA